ACCUCCCAGUGUUGUUGUCGGGAUUUGGUGUUCCUGCCUCCUCCACAGGCUGUCUGUCGGGGAAAAUCUAGCUUUUACUUGUGUGAUUAGGGCAAACCAGGCCAUUCUGCUCUUUUCUUUUAACUUUAAUGUAAUUGAUUUUUAUGUGAAUGAAAGAUGUUUUCUUCAGCCUCGGAGUCAUUCCCCGUCAUGACCUCACCGGGCCGCCCCUCCAGUUGAAUGGGAUUCCUCAUCGCCUCCCCGUCGCUUGUUUGGGCACCGACUGUCUCUGCUGCCGCCGCCGCAACAGACCCCCGGUUGUUAGGAUCCGUGAGCUUUUGGUUUCUCUAUUCAGUUCAUUAAUGGUUUAAUGCCAAACCGGCGUGUCUGAUCGGCAGAAGAGCGACGACGCCAAAUCUCCGGUAGCCUGCGCGUCAGGGGCCUUGGCUAUGGGGGGAUCCAAGAGUAAACCCAAGGAUGUUGGCCAACGAACCCGCAGCAUCGAAGGCAACCUCAGCUCUGGAGGAGGAGCUGGCGGCCAUUACCUCAGCUCCAAUCAACAGUCCUUAACACCCAAUCGUAGUCCUAUUAUAGAUGGAGGUCUGGGUGGCAAUCAGCCGACGACCAGUACCCCAGAGCUGGCCCUGUUUGGAGGUGUGGACAGUAAUACUGUCACUUCUCCCAACAGAAUCACACUAGCAGGAGGUGUGACAACCUUCGUGGCCUUGUAUGACUAUGAGUCUAGAACGGCCUCAGACCUGUCAUUCAGGAAGGGUGAACGCCUCCAGAUAGUCAACAACACGAGGAAGGUGAACUGCAGAGAAGGCGACUGGUGGCUGGCGCGCUCCCUCACCACCGGAGAGAGCGGUUAUAUCCCCAGCAAUUAUGUGGCUCCAUCUGACUCCAUCCAGGCAGAAGAUCAUCUCAGACUGACUCUAGAGUCCAGGUGGUACUUUGGCAGAAUCACUCGCCGCGACUCCGAGAGGCUGCUGCUAAGUUUAGAGAACAGGAGAGGGACUUUCCUGGUUCGAGAGAGUGAGACCACCAAAGGUGCCUACUGUCUGUCUGUGUUGGACUAUGACAACACUAAAGGGCUGAAUGUGAAGCACUACAAGAUCAGGAAGCUGGACAGCGGAGGCUUCUACAUCACAUCCCGCACGCAGUUCAGCAACCUGCAGCAGCUUGUCAACCACUAUCGCAAGCAUGCUGAUGGGCUGUGUCACACUCUAUCAGACGUCUGUCCGGUACUGAAGCCUCAGACUCAGGGCUUAUCCAAGGAUGCCUGGGAGAUCCCGAGAGAUUCCCUCCGCCUUGACCUCAAGCUCGGACAGGGCUGCUUUGGAGAGGUCUGGAUGGGAACAUGGAACGGUACAACACGGGUGGCGAUAAAGACUCUGAAGACGGGCACGAUGUCCCCUGAGGCCUUCCUCCAGGAAGCUCAGGUCAUGAAGAAGCUGAGACAUGAAAAGCUGGUUCAGCUCUAUGCUGUGGUGUCCGAAGAGCCCAUCUACAUCGUCACGGAGUACAUGGGACAAGGUAGCUUACUGGAUUUCCUGAAAGGUGACAUGGGCAAGAUGCUCCGCCUCCCCCAGCUGGUGGACAUGGCCUCACAGAUUGCUUCAGGGAUGGCUUAUGUGGAGAGGAUGAACUACGUGCACAGAGACCUGCGAGCUGCUAACAUCCUGGUUGGAGAUAACCUGGUUUGCAAAGUGGCUGACUUUGGUCUGGCUCGCCUCAUUGAGGAUAAUGAAUAUACUGCCAGGCAGGGAGCCAAGUUUCCCAUCAAGUGGACUGCUCCUGAGGCUGCUCUGUACGGCCGCUUCACCAUUAAAUCCGACGUCUGGUCAUUUGGGGUCCUGCUGACUGAACUGGCCACCAAAGGCAGAGUGCCCUAUCCAGGUAUGGUGAACCGGGAGGUGUUGGACCAGGUGGAGCGUGGCUACAGGAUGCCGUGCCCAGCAGAGUGCCCUGAAUCCAUGCAUGAGCUGAUGCUGACCUGCUGGAGAAAAGAGCCAGAGGAGAGGCCCACCUUCGAGUACCUGCAGGGCUUCCUGGAGGAUUACUUCACCUCCACGGAGCCUCAGUACCAGCCGGGAGAGAACUUGUAACUGGGCUGCACGUGGAAAUGUGCAUGCGUCAUGCAUGUGCAAAACUGAGCAUGUGCAUCUAAUACAGAGUGCAUGGACAAGUAUGUGUGAGGGUUAUGUAUGUACAGUAUAACGGGGCAGAAAGCCGACUGCAUUCUGGGCACAAUCAGUAACUCUAAGGAGUAUCAGUGGGACAUCCGACCAAUCUGCAACAUUCAGUUCCUGCCUCUUUCCAAAGUCAUUGUCAUGCUCUCCAACAUGUCAGCAGCUCUGAAGCAAUGUUUUCAAAGUAAAAGACUAAACUGUGGUAUUAUUUUGAGUUUAUCCUACAGUACUGUGUUAUUUUUGUCUUUCAGUGAAAUCAACACCCUACACACCCAAGCCGGUUUUUCUACCUUCCUAGAGUUUGUAAGGGGCCCUAAUAAUAUACAUUUCCCAUGCACUUUUCCUUUGUUAACUCACCUAGUUUGUCAGCUUCAACACUGCAAUUGACCCCAGGCUAUGACUAUGUAAAAUACUGCAUAUGGGUCAAACAUGGUAGUCCAGAGAAUACAUUUUGGAUAAUAAGUGUUUCCCUGCUGAAAGCACCACUUCAGGAUGUCUAUUUUUACUACAUUUUCUUUGGGAAACACACAUGCUCGGAGCCUGUCUUCCAUUUUGCCACUUGACAAGUAACUAUUUGGGACAAUAAUACUUUACUACAAUACUUUGCCAGGAUAUUUUGGGCUUUAUUUGGUUAUUAGACCUGGAUCAACUGGAAUAUGUUCAGGUAAAAAUAUUUUAUUUUUACAAUCAUGCUUCCCCUGUACAACAUUUCGGCUAGUGUUUCACUGCUGUGAGAUUUAGUACGAGAGUGUAGUCUCACUCGCCAAUAGGACAAAUUGGUUUAUCGCUGUGACCAAUAUACAGCUCAACUCAAAGAAGAGAAGACGCAGAGUCUAUCUCUCUAUUUUCUAAUUGUUGACUUUUCUUACAAACAAAUGGCUACUGAUCACUAACGGUCAUCUCAGGAUGGAAAUGGAGACGACUAGAAUUCUGCUGCAAGGAUUUUUGUGCCAAUGAAAGUCUCUUUUGUACUCUCUUCUACUGCGUAAACGUGUAUUUUACUACUCUACUUUUCUUACAAUGAAGUUUGAGUUGUGUAAGCAGUUCUUCUUCUUAAAGGAUAAUCCACUGUUUUGGGAUCCCGCACCUGUGUACUGUACCAACCGACUUACCAGAAAAGGUUUCAAGGUACUGAUUUGUUUUCAAGCAUUCAAAUUAAAAUCAGGGGAAUCUUCUUGUCUCCUUUCAGUCCUAACCUUCA